ACUGAAGGCUCGCCAUCGGCCACUCCCUCUGGCAACAAGCCUGCUGUUGGUACUGAUGAGUGGCACAAGGUGCGCAGAGAUAACCACAAAGAAGUCGAACGUCGCCGCCGCGAAACCAUCAAUGAGGGUAUUAAUGAGCUCGCCAAGAUCGUACCAGGCUGUGAGAAGAACAAGGGAAGCAUUCUUCAACGCGCAGUUCAGUUCAUCACUCAGCUCAAGGAGAACGAAUCUCAAAAUAUCGAGAAGUGGACUUUGGAGAAGCUCCUCACUGAACAAGCCAUUGCCGAACUGAGCGGAUCCUGCGACAGACUGAAGGCUGAACUGAAUCAAGUCUACAAGGACCUGGAUGCUUGGAAGAGGUGUGCUCAACGUUCCGGUCUC